CGAAGCCGCGGACCAAGUAGUCAGUGUCGGGCCGACCGGCAGCGUGUGUAGGUGGUUUGCAGCGGCGUCGAACCACGGCGGUUUAUUUCGAACGGUUACGCCGGACCGAAAUUGGAUAACCGGCGACCGCCAUCGGACGCGAUUCCGGCUUCGAAACGAGCCACCACUCGGACGAUCGAAAAAAAAAGAAAAAGAAAGUGCACCGCGGCGAGGUAUCACGAAUCCAGAGGCGGCGGCAUAAAAACGGGCGAGGCGUUAGCGAGAGGCGAUCGAGGUUCUGGUCAGCUUCGGGAAGAAUCGCUCUGCUCCACCGCUAGGAAAUGGAGGUCACCGAAAGGAACUCGCUGAACACCGGCGAAAGUGAUCGGAACGAGUGGCCGGGAGAAGCGACGAGGGUGCUCGAUAAUUAAAUUACGGGGGAAGGCAAACAUCGGGCGGAAGAGAAGAGCGUAUCAAGUCGGUUCCGGUGUAGCUGAUCGAAUCGAACUACAACAUAGCCGGAAACAGUCGGAAAAUGCUCGAACUCGCGGCCGACGCGCUCGAUCGCCAGUGGAUCAUCACUUGGUACCAGUGCGAUCUCCCGGAAGUUUCCGCGGGAACAGUGUCCAGCCAAGAACUGUGAACGAGAAUGUACAUUACAGUGAUUAGAUAUUAGUCGUCGACAAGUAGACCAAUUAAGCAACAAGAUGGCCAGCCGAAUGAAGUCGUUGUACAACCAGGUAAUUUUCGAGAGGCGAAUACUGCUUGGCUGCACGAUCCUCGUGGGACUAUCGGUGUGCACAUGGUCGGUCGCUAUCGGAACCGAUCACUGGUUUACCCUGAAAGCGCCGAACGACACCGGGUUGCCCCUCGGAGACGCGGGCAAAGCCGGCAGACGAUUGCUCUACAAACACAUGGGACUCUGGGGAGGCUGCACGCAUGGUUUAGCACCGGAAUCCGUCAAUUCCACCGUCAUGCAGCCUUAUAAGGAGUGCAAGAAUCACGACAUGUUUCCGACGGACAUGCAGAUCAAGCUGGACCCGGGGUUGCACAAAACUAUCGUCAAUUACUCGAGGACUGAAGUGUCAUUCGCAAUAAUCAGCUUGUUCGUGAUGAUAAUGAGCUUCUGCUUCUCGAUCUACACGUUUCGCAAUCCACGUUACAUGUUCAAACGGCUGGCUGGCGGGAUACAUUUCAUUAGCGCUGCGUGCAACAUGGUGGUGAUCCAAGUGCUGUUGUCGUCGAUCGAGUUCGAGAGCAAGUACGUGAACGCGACGUUCCCGAAGGGCGCGACGAUGAGGUACGACUUCUCGUUGAUCCUCGCCUGGAUCGUGUUCCUCUGCAACCUGCUGGCCGGAUGCGCGUUCAUGCUGUUCUCCAGGAAGAGGAAGAGGGACAAAGCGCCGACGGAGGAGAUCGCGAUGGCAGACGAGCCAACCAUCAUCGGCCGUUGAUCCCCGUCCACUUUUCGACGUCGUUGUUUCCGCCGAACGGAUAGAUCAUCGCGCGCGAUCCAGACGAUGAGCCACGAAGAUCUGAAGAAAAGACAUGUAUAGACACGUGCAUGCGCGUGUUACGUGAAGAGACAAUCGAAGACGACGCGCCCGGACUGGACAAUGAAUUCGCUCGAAUUCGAUCGUUUUUCAUUUCAAUCGAAUUCAAUCGUUCGACGAAACGCCGGACGUCGCCGCGAUGCCUUCCGGUUUUAACGUUGCACGGCGGUGCCUGGGUCCGUAUAGACCCGCAUCUUGCGGGACACUUCACUUUUUAUUGACGCGUUGAGUGGUGUUACCAGGAUUUUUAGAAUACGAA